UUCUUCUCGCCGGAGCUAAAUGGAGAUCAAUUUGUCCUCGCGGAACGGAGACAAAGAUACCACCCAGGUCGCAGAUCGAGAGAGAGAGAGAGAUGGGUUUGGAAGACUUGGGAGAUUUGGCCCUUCAUCUCAUCAUGUCGAAGUUAGAUGCGAAGGAAGCAGCUAUUUUGUCCUGUGUGAACAAGAGGCUUAGGGUUUCAGCCUCGGAGGAGAGACUUUGGCGUAAGUUCUGCGCCGAUGAUCUCGACCUUUUAGCUCCAGAAGACCCUGAUGGAAACACUGUCCCUUCUUUCAAGGCAGCUUAUCAGAUAUGGAGGAAGGUUUUUAUUAUGUCUCCCUGGCUCCUUAUCAGGCGGGUGAAAAGAUGUUGGAAUACAAUUAAAAGUUGGAUGGCUGCAAAUUUCCCGGAGGCUGGGGGUACGCUGCGAAAGGGUGCAUCUGAAGCUGAAAUAAAGGAGAUGGAGGAUACUUUGGGAGUGAAAUUACCUCUUCCAACAAAGGUUCUUUAUCGUUUCUGUGAUGGGCAAGAUAUAACAAGUGUAUUUUCUUCUGGAAGUGAACGUGGUAGCUCCUUGGGCCUUAUAGGAGGCUACUCUUUUUAUGACCAUGUAGUGAAUGUGUACCUCUUACCUCUAAGUCAGGUAAUUGCAGAAACGAAGGAGUUUGUACGUCACCUUGGUUUUUCAAACAGAUCCAAGUACAUUGUUGUGGCAGCUUCUUCCACAUAUGGUGAAAAGUUGUUCUUCCUCAAUUGUUCAAAUGCUCAACUUUAUGUGGGUACUAAGAAUCUCUCUAUAGAUGGAGAAAUGAUUGCAUGUGUACCUAGUACAUUAAUAAACUCAGUCCACAAUUUUCAUGGCAAUCAGCAGCAGGAUGCCAUGUUGCUAUGGUUAGAAGAACAUGGUCGCCGCUUACACAGUGGCAUUAUUGGGCUCCGUGGGGAAGGAGAUGUUAGAAGCAUUAAUUUGUUUCCAGAAAGUCCACCUCUUUGUUCGACUGCUGCAACGAAUGGUGUUCAGACUCGGGCUUCUUCCUUGUUAAUUCCAGAAUUAUGUGAUCCACAAAAAGAGUCUGAAAAGUACUGGUUUUCUUACUCUAUCCGCAUGCGGCUCCUGCCUGAGGGAUGCAUUAUAAAUGGGACAUCUUUUGGCUCAUGUCAACUCUACUGGCGGCGUUGGAUCAUCCGAGCCAAUGACACUGUUAUAUCUGAUGUUAAUGAUGAAGCUGUAAUAGGAAAGGAUCUGGUAACGGGGAAGAUGAUUGGAUGUGGUAAGUAUCCCCUUCUGUAUCCAGAUGGAAAAGAGUUUGUCUAUGAAAGUUGCACACCUCUGACAUCUUCUUCUGGUUCUAUUGAGGGUGCUUUCACAUUUGUCCCUGGCAGGUCAACAAGGUUUCUCCAGCAACAUUUGUCUGAUAAUCCCUCGUCGACAUUGUCUGCCCUUUGAAAAAGCCGAAAGUUCGAGUGAUGAAAGCAUAACACAUCUCCUUAUUUUUCAAUAUUGUGCUUCCGUAGUUAUCUAAACUCUCUUCAAGUUGGGUUGACAGAGCCAAAAGGCAUGCCAUUUGAUGUCAAAGUGGCACGAUUUCUUCUCAAAGUUCCAGACUAUGUAUUCUAAAAACAAGAUCCCCUGAUGUUGAAUUGCUGAAUAACUGGAUUUCUUUUUAAACUUGAUCUCAUAGGGAUUGAUGAUUUAGUUGAUCUUGAAGUUAUAUGUUUCAACUUGUAAUGAUAUCGGAGGUGUUGUACAAAUGGUACUAAAUCAACUUUGCUUUGAAGGUUUGCCCUCA